CUAUAACUAAAAUAUACGAAAUAGAGACGUGCCAAUUUGUCCAUCAUGGAGGCGAGAAUACUGGCGUUACUGAUAAUUAGUUCUGGAGUUCUUAUAACAAGUCAGCAGAACCAAGGGCCUUGUUAUGUUAGCCGUGACGUAGGAGAUGAAUAUCGAUCAUCGUUAUACGAGUACUCAAUCGAUUUGAUAAAAUCAGUGAUAGUGAAAAGUGAUUUUAACUACGUCUGCUCCUUGGUCUCAAUUUGGAUCUCGCUCGCAGCUAUAGCAGAGGGCACGGGCCCAGUGAGUCAACAAAAACUAUUCCAAUUUCUAAAAUUGCCCAAUGACCCCUGCAUCCGUCAGGAAUACUACAAAAUGGCUACAACAAGAGCGUUCCCAUUCAACGAUGUCCAUAUAAAAAAUAGACGCGUUUUAGUUCUCGAUGAAAGUGUAACCCUGAACCCUACAUGGUACAGUUUCAUAACAAAGAAUUCUCUUUUGGAUGUAGUAACGGCGCCAAUACAUUCGAAUCCCGUGGCAACAGCUAAAGAGAUCCAACGAAUCAUGUCUACGUCACUCCCAAGACUCAAUCUGAAUGGAAACUCCGUGUUGUUGGACACUUUAGACUACAAUGGCUUGUGGACCACGACAUUUUUAAACGCGACCAUUGAGAGAGCACCUUUCUACAGUCUGACAGGCCAAGAAAUCGGGUCUGUGGAUCUCAUGAAGAUUAAGAAACGGGCACGUAUGGGCUACCUCAGAUCAUUGCAUUCGAAAAUUCUGGAGCUCCCAAUUGGUUUGAGUGGGAGAUAUCAUAUGUUGUUCCUUGUGAGACUGGGGAAUAAUGAUUUGAGGCCUUUAGUGGAAGACUUCGGGAGUUCAGUAUUAUUUGAAGCAUUCGAGUCCCUGCGACACAGCAAUGUACUGAUUGACGUAGCGAUACCGCGGAUAGUGAUAACUACUGAGAUUGAUGUGCGAGUCAUUUUGGAAGAGCUUGGGGUCACAGAGGUUUGGAAUGAUCCGCUGGUGACCAGGUACAUAUUAUUAGAUAUUAAUAUGCCUUUUAUUUGUAAACAUAGGUACAUAUCAAACCCAGGAGCGUUACCAAGUAGCUUCGUGCAACGAACGACCGUCUUUCUGAACAACGAAGGCUUGGCAUCUGAGGAUCCCUCUCCAUCCAUCACACGAUCAGGUUUAGACCCUGAGUUGGGAACAGACUUCAUAGCUGACAGACCAUUUUUAUUUGGUCUAGUUGACGCUGAGACGAGAACUUGGCUAUUAACCGCAGCGUUUACGAAACCAACUUAUUCGCAAUAA